AUGACUUAUUUCGCAAGUGCCCGAGGCUUGUAUCUGAAGAAUCAUGUAACCCUUGACGCAUUCGCUACCGUAGUCCUUCAUGGCAAAGGCUCAUUACGAAGUCGAGCCAUAACCGAAGUGACGAAUACAGAAGGCGAUUGUCGAUGGGAUGAACAUUGUGAAUUCAAACUUAAUGACAAAUCCUCUCAUAUUACAAUAACUGUUUCGCAUAAGACGAAGUUUGGUGGUGCAGAUGUUAUUGGAAAAUGUGAAAUUCCAAUCGAACAAGCCAAAAGAGUUGGUGGACACAUGUGGUUUGCAUUAAAGAAGAGGAAAGAUGAUGAUAAAUACAGAGGCGAGAUACAACUGCAAUUCACUUUUUCGUACGAGAAACCGUCGCUCUCAAUAUCGAACACGUCUCUCAACAAAAUUGAAAAAGGUAAGUGUUAUUUGAGUGGCCUUUUGAGUGGGAAGAAAAAGCUUUACGGAGGGGAGGGGGCUACGAGCAAAUGUCAUUUUGCGUCUAUAGCACUUUUUCCCCUUCAUCCGCUUUCCCCGUCUUGCUGGCCUGAUUUGCAGCGAUUAUUCCUAGUAAAUCUCGUUAUCGCGUAGCU